UCCUCACCCGUGUUACAAGGUAAAGGAACUUUUCUUCUCUGCUGUCAGACGAGGGAACAUAGCUGGGAGGUGGGUUCCAGUUCCAAGAUGUCGCAGCCUCUCUGGCUGGCUGCCCUGGUCGCCAUCUCCCAGGCUCAGAUGUCUACGCUGCAGCACAUUAGCCAAGCAGUGGUACCGCUGAUCCGGAAUCGUGAUCUCCUUCCCCUGGACCCAUCGCGGCCUGGGCUGCAAAGCCAGGAUGGAUUCAACAGCACAUUGCCUGUGCUGGUGAGAGUGCAGGGCUUGCCGCGACGUGGGACGCAGCUAAGCGCCGAGAGGCAGCUGGAGGUGGACACUGCCCUGGAGGAGGCGAUUCUGGCUGGCCCCUGGGAGCCUGCCCAGGGGCAGGUCGGCACCAGGGAGCCUCUUCGCAGCCCUGCCGCACAUCUACUACCCUUCUGCCUUCUUUUGGGUUUGAGUGUGGCAAUAGUACUGUUUGAUCUGGGGCCUCAGUUCUGGGCAUGCAGGCUGGCCCCUCCUCACACCUGCCGGGCAGAGUCACCACAGCGCAGGCGGAGAGAAGAGGUGUACAACAUGAGAGGGGCACGGCUGGCCCUGACUCUCUGCGUGCUGAAAGAUCGGCCGGGUGCGGAGAAGGACAUCGAGGCGCUGAACAAGAUGUAUACGACUUUUGGAUUUCGGAACACGCUGGUCAAGGACCCGACUGCAUCACAAUUCCAGACCGAGCUGGUGCUCUUCCGAGAGCGGAUAGACCAAAUCCGAGGCCCGGUCAGCUGCAGCUUCGUGGUGAUCAUGGCGCAUGGGGAAAGCGGAGUUGUCAUGGCGGCCGAUGGACGGCACGUGAAGCUGGAGGAGCUGUUUGCAGAAAUGACCAACAAGACCUGCCGAGCGCUGCGGGGCAAACCCAAAGUCUUCAUCAUCCAGGCCUGCCGGGGGGGAAAAGGAGACCCAGGUGUGCUUCAAUGUGAUAGGCUUGUAGCUGACUCGGACAACCAGGUCCGUUGCAGGCUGAUUCCUACACACAGCGACUGCCUCUUCGUCUUUUCAUCCAAAAACGGUUAUUACUCAAUUAGAAGUGAAACCAAAGGCUCUUGGCUGAUUCAGGCCAUGGUGUAUGUCUUCACCAAGUACCCCUGCUUGGACAUCAUAGAGCUAUUCACCAAGGUAAUUAACGAGAUUUCUAAGAGAGAGUUCAUGAUGAAGGAGGAAGAAAAUGAAAGCGAAAUCCGAAAAACUCACCCGGAAAUAAGGUCCACUCUGACAAAAAAGCUCUAUUUGAAGGAGUAAGACUCACAGAUCAGACCCUUGGCCUGUCUAACACAGCUUCUCCUGUCCCGUUGUGCCCAAUGAGACUUUCCACCCAUCUAACCCAGUCUUUGCACCAAUAACCCUGUACAUCAGACUCUGAGUGCAUCCAGCCACACACUGUAAGCAUCCAGACCCAAAGUCUUCACGAGAGACGAGGUCUCCAGCACUCACAUCUGCCGAGAACCAGAGAAAACGGGGUCAGAGGGCGCCGCUAGCCUAAGUGUGAUUGACACCUGAAUCUGCAGAGAGCCUGAAUCGAUUGCUUGGACAGGUGUGAACUACCCAAGUGUGACCAAUGCCUGGAGUGUAACUGACACUGCCUGAGUCUGCCAAGAGCCUGAGCUGAUAGCACGGAGUGGUGUGAACUGCCCCAAGUCUAACUGAGCAGAAAAGUCUGCUGGAGGUAGAGAUUUUAAGGCCAGAAGGGGACACCUGAUCAUCUAGUCUAACUUCCCGUAUAACCCAGGAUCAAAAUGGCACCUCAUUACCCAUGCAGUGUGUAGAACUGAUAAAUGACAUUGUUUUUAAUGUUUCACUUUAUCAAUAUAAUUUCUGUUCACUGU